AUGGCGCGCCGGGACAUAGGUCGGUUCAAAGAAAACAGAACAGACACAGAUUUGGUAAAAGCACAGGCAGAAUCUGAGCUAUAUGACGUAUACAAGAGAGCCAAAGAUCUCUCUUCUGUGAUUGAGGAAUCAAACUCCAAUGCAAAGUCACAUACACGAGAGAUUGAAGUUCUAAAGAAAUCGAGAAGGCGUGGAAAUAAGCGUGAAGAUCAGGUGUUGGCUCUGGGGGAGGUGGAGAAUCAACAAUAUGCAGAAGUGAUGAGAGAAUUGGAACUUGUGAGGCAGGAACUCAGCAUGCUUAAGCUUGAUGUGGCUUCUGUUUUAGAAGAGAAAUCGCGGGCAGAGAAGCAAACUGAGGCCGCAAAUACAAAGAUGUUGUUUUAUACAAGCUCAGUGGAAGCAAUCAAGAAGGAGAUUGAGGAUGCCAGUGAAGAGCAAGUGCUAACUGAGUUGGCCCGGAUUGAAGCUGAGAGAGAAUUUGCAGAUAUUGAAGCUGAGAGAGAAAAGGAAGCCAAUCAAUUCUCAUUUGCAGUGGAGGAAACCAGGAAAAAAAUGAAAGAUGUUAUUGAAGAGAUUGAUUCCUCCAAAGAGCUUGAAACUAAAUUAUCUGUCACAAUGUCUGAUGUGGUUGUGUUACAAAAUGAACUGAAGCUAGUUAAAGAAAUGGACAAAAGGAUUCAAAGGAUUGAUAGCUUGAGUCGCUCAGAACCUAGUUUUCGUAGAGGAGAGGACUUGGAAGGUUCACCAUUGUUACAUUCAGUCACAGAAGAACUAGAGGUGGCAAAGAAAGAAUUGGCCGCAGUGAAAGUAGAAGGCUUUCAGUUCAUGGCCUCCAUGGAUAUCAUAAGAAAUGAGCUUAAGCAUUUAACAGACGAGACUGAUCGAUUAAGGAAAACAGAACAGAAAUCGGAUUUAACUGUUAAAAGUCUCAAUUCAAAGCUUCUCAGAGCAAAAGCCAAGCUGGAAGCUGUAUCUGCAUCUGAAGAAAAAGCAAAAUCAAUGGCAUCCAAUCUUUCUCUCACUCUUGAAAAGCUUAAGACAGAAGCAGAGGCUGCAAGGAAAGAAAAGGAGCUUGCUUGUGAAGAGGCUGCAACCAUCAAGUCAGAAAUUCUGAAAAUGGAAUCUGAGAUAGACUUGACUGAGGAAAAAUUACAGGCUGCAAUGGAAGAGCUUGAAACAGUCAAAUCAUCAGAAGCUGUAGCUCUUGAAAAUCUCAAAGGUCUUAUUGAGGAUACCGUAAGAGCUAGAGCUUUUGAAUCACAGAGUAGUUCUUCAAUUACCAUAUCCAAGUUCGAAUAUGACUAUCUGAUUGGACGUGCAGCUGGGGCUGAAGAAAUUGCCGAUAAAAAGGUGGCAGCAGCUCAGGCAUGGAUUGAAGCUCUAAAGGCCAGUGAGAAGGAAAUAUUGAUAAAGAUAGACCUAUCACUUAGAGAUCUCAAAGAGAUGAGAGUGCAGGAAGAGCAAGUGACCUAUAGAACAGAAAGGCAGCUUUCUAGAAAGAUGAGGGUUGAGGGAGAAUUACAGAACUUGGGACAAAAGCGGGAGAGAAAUGCAGUACACGGAAACCGACAACAAGCACAGCCUAGAAAAUCUAUGAAAAGCAAUGGAAACUUGACUCCAUCCAGGCGAUCUAAGUAUAGAAAAUCUGCUUCUCCUGGAGCUCGGAAUACUUUCCCAAUCCAGAAGAAAAAAAAGGUAAUGCCUAAUCUGGCCAAGAUUUUUAGUGGUAAGAAAAUUGUCAAAGAAGUGUGA